AUUUAUUUUUUAAUAGUCAAUGUUAAUGUUAAAUGAUAUUGUUAGAUUUUGAUUGUCAAAAAUUUGUAUUUCUUAGAUUGCUCAAUUGUUAUCGUGUAAAGUUAAUCAGAGAAUAUUAUUCAUUGUUACUUGUAAAGCUUAUCAAUAUUUAUUAUUCAUUCCAGAGAUCUCAUCUCUGAUUCAUUCGAGCACUUGUUGGGUGAACAUUACUGAUAGUGCUGGAGUUGUUCCAUAUACCUCACAUAGAAAAUGAAUCUUGCACUAGUAUCUGAGUAUUUGAAUACAUAUCCUGGACGGGAUAAAAUGUUAAGAACUCUUUCGUAUGUAGCUAAACUAGUUGCAGGAUUAUCCAAAUCUCCAGAAGCUGCUGAAAAGUUCAAGAUCAUUGGAAGUCAGAUGAGUAGCUGCAGAGUGACAUUGAGGCUGCUCGAUGAUAUUCCAAUGUUACAUUAUGCCAUGUCAUAUGGUUUAGGAAAACAAGAACCUGACUGGUUGAUAAGAUGGAUGGAAUUAAUACAGAUUGUAGUGGAUACAAUAUUCUAUCCUGUCGAACAUAUCUGUUGGGCAGGAGAACAUAAGGUCAUUUCAAUUGAUACAUUGAAAUGGGAUGAUGCAAGCACUUUGUUCUGGAUUGUAUCACUUUAUCUGUCUUUAUUCAAACUGAAGCAGCUUGAAAAACAUAAAAUGUGUUUAAGCAAAACAAAUUGUGAUGUCAGGGUUACUAUGGGACUAGUACAAGCACAACAGCGUAAUGAAUUAUUAACUUCCCUGAGAUUAGUUCUGGAUGUGAGUUAUGCUGUUAGCUACUUGCCAUCUGGAGUUCUCUGGGGUGGCCGAUUUAAAACCUGGCACGUAGGCGCACUUGGCACAAUAUCGUCUCUAAUUGGACUGUAUCAAGCAUUUAGUAAACAAAUAGCACAACAAAAAAAUGCAUCAAAUAAUCAUCACAUAAUUUAAUCCUUUAACGUAACAUAUAUCAUGUCUACAUAAACUAUUAAUGAGACUCAUUUUGAGAAUUGUGUAUGGAAAUGAUUGAUGAAACAUUAAAGAAUUGAAUAUCACAGUU